UGCCGCGUCGCCUGCCGCAAGCCGGUGCCGGAGCAUGUGGCGCAGGUGGCAGUUUCGCUCGACACGGCGGCGGCGCGGAACAUGCACGCCGUGCUCAAGGGCGGGACACGUGCAGGACAGGUCCGAGACAUGUCCGAGACAUGUCCGAGACAUGUCUCCGUAGGCAACUGCUGCGCCGUCCACCUCGGGACACGUCCAGGACAUGUCCGAGACAUGUCCGAGACAUGUCCGAGACACCUCGCCAUAGGCACACCGUCUUCGAGGGCGGCGCCGAGUUCACGCCACAUCCGGCGGAGACGAGGCGCGAGGCGGUGCGGCUCGCAAUCGGCCGCAUGCUGCGCUUCCUCGUCGAGCGGCUCGAGAGGUCGCACCGGGGACACGUCCAGGACACGUCCAGGACAGGUCCGAGACAUGUCCGAGACAUGUCUCCGUAGGCCGGACCAGACGCUCCACCUCUACUCUGGCCACGACUGGACCGUGACGCCGCUGCUGCUCGCAGUCUGCCGCCACGACGAGCCCGCGCUUCGCAGCCGGCGCACCUAGAAGCGGGCCACAUCCGCAUGUCCAUGUCCUGGCGAGUAGAGGCCCCGCCCACCCAGGGUACCCCUCUCGCCGCGGCUCUGCUCGCAAGAGACCUCGAGAGAGCGUGCGUGUGCCUCUCCUCGCCAGGUCCAUGUCCAUGGCCCCCCCCCACACACAC